AUGGAUUUUAAAGAGCUCCAGGAAGGAUCCAGUAAGAUUUACGUCCUGGUUCAACAUCACUUUGAAUUUAUGAGCCAGCGGCAGACCAAGAAGUUUCAACAAUUUGAGGUACCACUUGGAGCCACCAGCAUCCAUGAAAAGCUUAGGUCUGGUGGGCUUAUCGGAUUGGUUGAUCGCCCAGCCAGGAUCCUGGGGGGAAAAGGUGCAUGUUUUGUUGUGACAGGACCCAUCCUGAAAAUACUUUUAGCCUCUAAAACUAUUACCAUGAAAGCAGCCAUCUGCCUUAUCCUCUUCCUUGGGGAAGUCUGGAUGGUACCAGGAAUUGCCAGGGCCUGGGAACCACGGAAGAUGGCAGCACACUCAGAGGUUUUGAAAAACUACACUUUCCUCAACCGCGAGCAAAUGGAUGGAGUCAAACAACAUCCUCAGAAGAAAGAUGCUUCAGCCUCGGCCGAAGAGAAGCCCCGGCCGGCACUGGAUAAGUGGAAACUCUCAGAAAACAAUGCCAACUUUGGGUUCGACUUGUUGCGAAAAAUAGCUAUGAAACAUGAUGGCAAUAUAGUUUUCUCUCCUUUCUGCCUUUCCUUUGCAAUGGCGACUUUAAUGUUGGCAGCCAGAGGGCAGACCCGAUCCCAGAUCAUGGAGGGCCUCCAUUUGCAGACCCUGAACAGUACACAGACAAGUUUCCUGCCUUUUCUCUUCAAGCAGCUCAAGGACAGCAUCUCCCAAAACCAGGAGCUGGCUUUCUCACAAGGGAGUUUUGCUUUUAUCCACAAGGAUUUUGAUGUCAAAGAGACUUUCUUCAAUUUGUCAAAGCAGUAUUUCGACACGGAGUACAUAUCUGUGAAUUUCCACAAUACUACGCAGGCCAAGAGUUACAUGAAUUAUUAUGUGAACAAAGAGACCAAGGGGAAAAUUCCCAAACUCUUUGAUGAGCUUGAUGCUGAAGCAAAAUUAAUUUUUGCGGAUUAUAUCCUAUUUGGUGGCAAAUGGCUCUCUGCGUUUGAUCCGGUGUUUACUGAAGUUGAAACCUUCCACCUGGAUAAAUACAGCACCACGAAGGUGCCCAUGAUGUAUAGGUCCGACAAGUUUGCUUCAACCUUUGAUAGGAACUUGCGUUGCCACGUCCUCAGGCUGCCGUACCGGGGGAAUGCCAGCAUGCUGGUGGUCCUCGUGGACAAAAAGGAGGAUUAUCUUGCCAUCGAAGACUACUUCAGUGCAGAGCUGGUGGACAAAUGGAUCAGAACCAUGAAAACCAGAAAAAUGGACAUUUUCUUUCCAAAGUUCAAGCUAGAUCAGAAGUAUGAGCUGCAUGAACUCCUUAAGCAGAUGGGAAUGAGAACGAUUUUCUCACCCUGGGCUGAUCUGAGUGAACUCUCAAGUCCGGCAAAGAAUCUGAAAGUAUCUAAGAUUUUGCAAAGAGCAGUAAUUGAAGUCAACGAGAGAGGAACGGAUGCAGCAGCUGGAACAACGGCAGAAAUUGUUGCCUAUUCAAUGCCUCCAGUCAUCAAAGUAGAUCAUCCGUUCCAUUUCAUGAUUUAUGAAGAAACAUCUAAGAGUCUGCUAUUCCUCGGCAGGGUGGUCAACCCGUCUCUUCUGUAAUUCAUGACACCCACAAUUGUCUUAUGCCACCAAAGGUACAUAACGCAGCAUCAUGAGCUAGAGGUGGGGUGGGAAGAGGGCCAUCUUCAUUCCAUGUUAGCCCUGGUGGGGCUUCUAGGUUCAUGUGAAAAUCUGGUGUGGGUAAAGGUGAUUUUAUGAAAAUAAAAAAGUUUUCAUGCA